AUGAUGAUCAGGCCACUGGAAACUCCAACAAGAAGAAGCCUGGGGAAUCUCUUAGUGCAGAUGGACAAACUUCCCACCAAGAUCUUGCCUUCGGUCCUUCCGGUCCUGAACUCCAGCGCGAAGAUGUGACCAAAAAAGGAAAGAGCGCUCGAGCCAGCUCCGGCGGUACAUUCCGAGAUCUCCGGCGAAUCUUGUUCAUAUGCACAGACGGGAGAAAGGCCCCACCUCGGUCGCUGCAGUGCGUUCUCGGCGCGAUCUGCGGAAGUUGCGAUUUGAGGUCGAUUUGCACCACUACACGCGGCGCAGAGACCGAAGACGACAGAACAUUACCUAGGUAGUUACUAGGUACCUAGCUUUGCGGAACGCAACACAACACGGCCCUUCUCUCAAGCAAGCCACCCUCUUAGACCGGCAUGCCAUCAAUAUCCUCCGCUGCGCCGAGUUGGCGCAAGAUGCAGAUCCCUCGACCGCUGCAGCAACUAUUCGACCAGUUCCCGUUGCAGACCUACGAACCCAACCAUCUACCCGAAAGGUCACAUCACCUUACUUCCAAUGACCUCCCAACACUAUACGUCUUCUCCACCGACUCAGACGCCCGGCUCGGGCUUCCCAGCUUCAAUCCGGGCUGUCUGAAGUGGCAGACCCUGCUCCGGCUCGCCAAUCUCGAUUUCCGCACCCUCCCGUCCACCAACCACGCCUCCCCCACCGGCUCCCUCCCCUUCCUCCUCCCGCCGCGCACCUCACCCACCACCGCCCCGCUCCCGAUCCCCGCCAGCAACCUCCUCGCCUACGCCCAGAGACAACAACAACAACAACAACAACAGCCCAAAACCAACUCCACCAGCUCCACCAACCUCGACCCCGACCUGCCCCCGCGCUCCCAAGCCUACCUCUCCCUCGUGAACCUGUCCCUGCGCAACGCCUGGCUCUACGCGCUGUACCUCGACCCGGCCCACACGGCGCUGCUGCAGCGGCUCUACAUCGGCCCGUCGUCGUCCUCGCGCGGCGUGCGGGCCGCGCUGCUCUACCAGCUGCGCCGCGCCGCCGCCGAGCAGAUCGCCACCGGCGCCGGCGGCAAGAUCGUCUCGCUCGCGCCCGUGACGAGUGCUGAGGGGAUCGACGAGGACGCCGUGUACCGUCUGGCGGGGGAGGCGCUGGAUGCGCUGGCGAGUUUGCUGAGCGAGAGCGGGACGGGGUGGUUUUUUGGGCAGGAGAGGCCGGGUGUGUUUGAUGCGGCGCUGUUUAGUUAUACGCAUUUGAUGAUGGAGUAUAUGCCAGGGGAGGGCUCGGGUGGGGAGGGAGCGGGGGCGGCGUUGGGGAGGAUGGUGCGAGAUGCUGGCGAUGGGGAGUUGGCGAGGCAUAGGGAGAGGGUGUUGAAAACUGCGUGGCCUGGGUGGGAUGGCUACCGGCGGUAGAAGAGAAGCUAGGUGACGUGGCUGAGAAUCGUUGUCGCAUACGAUGGAUGUGUCACGCGGUAUAGAGAUGGAUGUAUGAGUACCAUGAUGGAAAAUAGAUAAAAGAUACCCAAGGAAGCAAACAAAACGCAUCAACUUUACUCACUAU